AUGAAAAUUUUGAAAUACGAUAACAAACAAACUUCACUUCGUCGCAUUGUGGAAGACCUGAAGACGCAGCAGACACAGCUCGUCCGGUCUUUCGAAGAAGACCAGCACACGUCUUGCCAGCGCGUAUCCGACGCCCUUUCGGACCUGGAGCUCUACGCGGCGAAGCUGCAGACAGUUGUCCGGAGACUGGACAACAUCACGGAAACCCUCGUGCAAGAGAGCGAUGCAAGAGUAAAGCCAUGGUACAUUAGAAUAUUUUGCCCCUAUUCAUAA